AGGCAGGCGGGAGCCCUGUGCCUCCCCUCGUGACUGCGAUAAACAUUACACCGAGGCCAUUAAUGUUUAAUGAGGUUUGUCUCCCAAUUAAUGCGCUUUCCCGUGGGUGCCCACUCGCAGUGCGAGGCGCCCGCCGGACGACACGCUGAGACCAUGGGUGACGUCCUCGAUCCAGCUCUCUCCCACCUCCACACUGUGAGGACGUGGCUCUCACUGGAAUUUCUCCUCUUUUCAGAGCAAGUGCCCGAGCAGGGCCAGGACAGGUUCAGCUACGACUAUGACACCAUCCGCAACGGGGGGCUGAUCUUCGCCGUCGUGGCUUUUGUGAUCGGGCUCCUCAUCAUCCUCAGCCAGCGGUUCCACUGCGGAGGGAGGAAGAAGAGGAGGCAAGGGAACGAGGAGGAGCUGUAGGUGCAGAGCUGCAGUGCCGUCAUGGAAGCAGAGCUCCAGCCGAACCCAGGAGUCCUGGCCAGUGGCCACCCCUCACCCCGCUCCAGUGGAUCCUUUACCCCGCAAGGCCAGAGCGCAAAUUACCCUCGUGCUUCUCCCUCCCUUAGAGCCAGCAAGAGUUUCUUGGCUAAUAAAGUUCAAGCUCCGAGAGGUUAAA